AUGAAGCUGCAACAUUGGACCGUGUUGCGGCAUGUUUUCUUCGUCUUGUUGGUAAUUGGCAUGUUGGUACUUUCUGGGUUAUUGAUCGGUAUCAUCAAACGUAUCGAGCAUAAUGUUCUUGCAUUUGCUUACACAGAGAGUGGGCUAGUCAGAUUUGUUCACAAGAACAGCAAAGUAGCAUUCACACUCCUAAUAGUGAUGAUUGCUAUUAUGGGAGUCUUCAGUGUGAGUUAUAUUUUCCUAAUGCUUAGUGCUGGGAAACGGGAGAUGCUUCUUUGUGCCACACUCAUAAAACAAAUGGAGGCGACUCAACAAGCUGAGAGGAAGAGUAUGAGGAAAAGUCUUGCGUUUGCUUCUGCAAGCCAUGAUGUUCGUGCUGCUCUCGCCGGCAUUACCGGUUUGAUCGAGAUAUCUUACGAGGAAGUAGCCCGAGGUUCAGAACUAGAGACGAAUUUGAGACAAAUGGAAGCUUGUACGAAGGACCUUUUAGGUCGGAUUGGUGGGGUUGGGUAUGGCUGGGCAUCGAAGGUGGUAGGUGGGGUGGGAGUUUUUCAAUGUUUAUUUGGAACAUGGGGAGGAGAAAUCAGAGUAGUGAGAUGGGUUGGGGGCGCGGGGAGAUGGCAGUUGGCGGUGGAAGAGGGUUGGGUUGAGGUGGGACUGGGGGACGUGGGAGGAUUGGUGCUGGGUAUAUUGAACUCUAUUCUUGAUACAAGCAAAAUUGAAGCCGAUGUGGUGUUGGAUCCUUACGAUGGCUCUGUCAUGAAGUUUGCACGAGUUAAAGGCGAUGGGGGAAGGCUUAAGCAGAUAUUGUGCAACUUAUUAAGCAAUGCUGUUAAAUUUACUUCAGAGGGGCAUGUGACAGUUCGUGCUUGGGUUGAAAAACCCGAUUUCAAGAAUUCUAUAGCUGCAAAUUCUGACCGGAGGGGUGCCGUAUUGAAAAAUUUGCUAUGCUUUCUAUCAAACAAGAAGAAAUCACAAGAUGAUGACAUGGAAGUAAUGAAUGGGGUCCAGCAAGAUCCAAAUUGUUUGGAAUUUAUUUUUGAGGUGGAUGAUACUGGGAAGGGAAUCCCCAAGGAGAAGCAAAAAGCAGUGUUUGAAAAUUAUGUACAAGUCAAAGAAACAGCUCUUGGAGAAGGAGGUACUGGCUUGGGACUUGGUAUUGUUCAAUCUCUGGUACUUUUGAUGCAUGGCGAAAUAAGAAUUGUGGACAAAGAGAUUGGGGAAAGAGGGACACGCUUCAGGUUUAAUGUUCUUCUAAGUCAUGUAUGUGAGAAUGUCUACAAGGAUAGAAGAAAAGAAGAAGACCUUGAAUUGGGAAUAGCUGCCAUUCACAGUGCUCCUACUCCCGGUACUCCCAGGCUGACCACUCGUGCCCCGAGUCCUAAGGCAGAGGGAUCCAAUGUUGUAUUGCUGAUAAAAAAUGAAGAGCGUCGAAGAAUGGUGUACAAGUUCAUGGAGAGUAUUGGGAUAAAAGCAUGGAUGGUAGAACAACGGGAACAACUUCGUCCUACUCUCAAGAAGAUAAAACACAAGGGGAAAGGGUCUCAUCACCGUAGUUCUUCACGAAUAUCUGAUUUUGCUGAAUUCCAAAAAAGCCUUCAAAAUGCUUGGUGCAAGGUUGUUUGGUUGGCAAAUCCAUUGAUACAAAGCAACAUUAACUUUGACAGCCUUGAUCCAGACGACGUUAUCAAACACAAGGCGCUUCACGGUACCCGUCUAUACGAAGUGGUAAGACUUCUUCCAGAGUAUGGAGGCGCACUGCCAAAGAGAUUAGGGGGCACAUUUGAUGUUGGAAAAGUCUCCAGAGCCCUUAGUUCAUCAAGAUACCAGUUUCACACCGACCGUGAAUUUGAAACCUUGUCUUCACCAACUCAAAAUCAUAAGUCUCACAAUGUUAGCUCCAAAGCAAGAGACCUACCAGUUGAUCAUGACCGCCCACUUCCACAUAGAGAAACAAAAGGACCUGAUAAGCCAAGCAGGCCUUUGAAGCAGCAAGAGAGAUAA